AAAAAUCAAGUUGCCGCCAUUUCUCUCCUUCAAAUCUUUCGCACACAACCAAGAAGAGAAAAAAAAACAUUUGAAGCCACAACUCUUUCAGGUUAUGGAUUCACAUUUCUCUCUCUUUCAAUUCAAGUUUCACUGUUACGAUUUUUCUUUCCAAAGUAAUAUAUAAAUUUGAUUUCACAAUAGAAAUUGCUUCUCUUUUUUUGUUAGUUGCUUUAUUCGUCCAAGUGAGCGAAGACUGAGCAUAUUACGAUUUUAGGGAUUGAUUUGUGAUUCUGAUUAAGGAGAACGCGAAGGCGAGUAAUUCUAAGCUUUUUGCUCGGAUUUUCAUCAAUUCGCAGAUAAACCCUAAUUUUACAAGAUUUUGUUUAUGCGUUUUCUGUUCUGUCGACGAGAAAAAAUUGAGAAAUGGAAAGGAGUUUCAUAAAUUUGAAUAAUAAGGCUUCACUGUUUGGAACGCCAGAAAAAUUGGUGAUUUUGAUGGACAUUUGAGGGCUGUGCGGACUCUUUUGCUCAGUACCAAACUGAGGGUGUCUAUGGACAUUUUGGAAAUCUUGACUGAUUUUUUCUUGAUUAUUGGCUAACCACUACCUUAAUCAAUAUUUUUACACUUGAAAAUCUGAUUAGUAACUAUGGGAAUUUGACACUUUGUAUCUUUUAAUGAUGUGAUGGAAAAGUGUUAUGUGGUUCAUAAGAUGCUUCUUUAUUUCACAAAUUAUGCAUCUCAAUCAAUUUGAAGAAUUUACUGGAAAUCGGAAAUUCUAUAUAUUUACAGCUGAUGAUUUUCUGCCAAUAUUGUCUUUCAGAAACAUGUGGCUGCUUGCUACAGUGAUGCAGAUCGGUCUGAAUCUAUGCGUCUGCAUGUAUUAUUGCAGUUGAUGCUAACGCUAUGAACCUCCUUUUAAUAGGUUCAGAUUAUGCAUAUUAUAUUUGGAUAGAAGUCUCAUAUUGAAGGUCAAAAUGAGAUGCAAUGCGUGCUGGCGAGAAUUGGAAGGGCGAGCUGUUUCUACUACUUGUGGUCACCUCUUAUGUACUGAAGAUGCAAGCAAGAUCCUUAAUAGUGAUGCAGCAUGUCCAAUCUGUGAUCAAGUGCUUUCUGAGAGCCUUAUGAAACCUGUGGAGAUCAAUCCAAAUGACGAAUGGAUAAAUAUGGCAAUGGCUGGAAUAUCUCCACAGAUAUUGAUGAAAAGUGCAUACAGAAGCGUGAUGUUUUAUAUUGGGCAAAGGGAACUUGAGAUGCAAUACAAGAUGAAUAGAGUUGUAGCUCAGUGCCGGCAGAAAUGUGAAUCCAUGCAAGAAAAGUUUACAGAAAAACUGGAGCAGCUGCAUACUGCAUAUCAGAAAAUAGCCAGAAGGUGUCAGAUGAUGGAACAAGAGAUUGAUAGUUUGUCAAAGGAUAAGCAAGAGCUCGAGGAAAAAUUUUCAGAGAAAUCCAGGCAGAAGAGGAAACUUGAUGAAAUGUACGAUCAGUUGAGGAAUGAGUACGAUUCAAUGAAAAGAUCAGCCAUCCAACAGGCAAACAAUUUCUUUUCAAGAAAUGAGCCUGAUUUGUUCUCAAACCAUGCUGCUACCAUGAUGGAUAACAGAAACCCUAUCUGGAAAGAUUGGACGGUUUCCACUCCUCCAACUCCAGGGCCUCGGGAGGAUAUAUGGCCAGCAAGACAGAACAGCCCUAAUUCUAGUCCUUUUGACAUCUCUGAUGGCUCACCAGCAAAACAAGCAGCCAUGCCAGUUGAUUUUGGAAAUAGAAGACCUGGUGCUGUCCAUGCCUUUGGAGCUGGAUCCGGCAACCCCUCAAUGACGUUAAGGAACUUGAUUCUAUCCCCGAUAAAGCGCCCUCAGCUUUCUCGUAGCCGCCCUCAAAUGUUCACGUAAGUGCUGGACUUAGGUUGCACUAACCAGUCUUAAUAGUAGCCUAGCUCAAUAUUGGUAUUCUGAUUCAAUUUGCUAGAUUUUUUUUUUUAUAGUUCUGAGUAUUCUACCUUUGAUAUUUGCCUUUCCAGUUUGUAGCCUACAAGGCAAGGCGUGCAGUUUACCCGGACUAGUCUGGUAUAGUUGGUUCUGGUAUAGCUGUGAGAUUCCUA